AUGAACAAUCUCUUCAUAUUUUCGAUUGUUAUUGGCUUAUGCAUUGGCGUAAGCAAUGCUUUUCACGAGAUAGGAGAAAGCAAAGUCGUGUUAAGCAAUCAAUUGGAACACAGCAAACUCCUCAAAGUUCAUUGUCGUUCCAAAGACGACGAUCUUGGGGAGCAUAUUUUGAAAAUUGGCCAAGACUACGAGUUUACUUUUGGUGAUAACAUUUGGCAAACGACUAGUUUCUCAUGUCAAAUGGAUCAGGGUCCUAAUUUUAAGCAUCACCUAGAUUUUGUGGCAUAUGAGACUUCGUGGAGCAAAGCUCUUGAAGCUUCGUGUAAGUGGAUAGGUAGAGAAGAUGGAAUCUAUUUUUCUCAAGAUGGAGUUCCUCCCACCAAAAAGUACCAAGAUGGAGUUCCUCCCACCAAAAAGUACCAAUGGGAUGAUCCUCAUUGA